AAUACUUUUGACAAUACACAGUAUUGAAGAUACUACUUAAAUACGUCAAACCCAUUUGAAAUGCACAUCGUCAAUACAACUGUUUUCCAUUACACGUUCAAUACUUUUGCCAUUAUUUUCUAGUAUUGAGAAAAAUAUUGAACGUGUAAAGCGGACCCAAAAGUUUCCUGGAUUAUCGCGACACCGUCGAAAAGCGUAAACAAUACAAAUAAGUCGAUGCAACGUAAAUAAUGUCUACAGAAAUUCGCAGAUUUUAAGUGACUAUCCUUUUUAAAGCUCCUUACCAUGGAAAUCGAAAUCGGGAAAGAAGAACCGACGUGGGAAGAUGAGACAGAAGCAGACGAUAGUACUAUUACUAGCCAAACCAUAGGUCCGGAGAACGGCGCAAUCCGGUGUCUCUUCAAGGUGGCACAACGGGAGUUUAUUGGCCAACGGAUCAAUAUUGAGGGAUUGCAAGAGUGGCUUAUUAGAGCGCACAGUAUUGAGUCGUUCCGAGCAUACCUGUGGAGCUUGAUACAACCGCAUAUCAAACAGCCGAUUCGAGUCGAACUGGACAAUUGUGGCCGUGCUAUUGUGAGCUGGGAUGAACCGAAUGUGCUGACCAUGGGCGAUGCAAACCGCUUUGUUACAUUUAUCGAUAAAAAGAGUAGAAAGUCAUAUUCAUGGCGCCACAUAAGUAGCCAUUACGUUGAACGAUGGAACAGUACCAAUAUUGUCCUUUGUAUACACGUGUAUAGUACCGCAAUCAGUUCGAGAAACAUUUACGAAGUUGCUCGAGACACUUUACUGGCACCCAAACGGAAACCAGCUGUUGUGGUUAAGCCACAGCGUCGAUUGAUCCCGGAAACUGCCGAUGGGUACAGCUUCCGGGAUGAGGUACGUGCUUUGAGAGAAACGUUUCUUCAGAUGCGUGAUCUGAUGCAUAUACUUGACAAUCGAAUCUUGCUACUGGAGGAAAAGUGCGACCAAACAUUGCCACACGAACCGAUGAUUCAAAUGACCACUGAGGAAAGCAGCAUCGGUAACGAAUCAAUGGAAAUGAAACCUUACGGAAACUCCGACCCAUUGUUGGUUCGCCCAGACUACGAAAUAAAGGAAGAAACAUCGGACGAGGAAAUAGAAGUACUAGAAGAGCAGUACCAAUAAUAUGAAGACGCUGGCUAUCUUUCCUUCCUUUUUUUUAAAUUUCCGUAAUUGAUAAAAAUGAAAUAAAUUAACCAAAUAUUAAGCUAUAA